GGUGCCCGACCGGUAACCUAGCGCCGACUGCCGACCGACAGACGAACCAGCGACAAUGUCCUCCGUGGCGAAAACCUCCAAGUACACCUACCGCAGCAGCGGCGGUGGUACCACCGACGUCAACAUCGAGUACAGCGCCGACCUGAGUGCUCUUUCCAGGCUGGAGGACAAGAUUCGUCUCCUCCAAGAUGACCUGGAAUCCGAAAGGGAGCUACGUCAGAGGAUCGAAAGAGAGAAGGCAGAUUUGAGCGUGCAGGUUAUUCAGCUGUCGGAGAGGCUAGAGGAAGCUGAAGGUGGAGCUGAGAGCCAGUUCGAGAUCAACAGAAAACGUGACACUGAGCUAAACAAGCUGCGUAAGCUUCUUGAAGAUGUUCAUCUCGAAUCCGAAGAAACCGCUCAUUUACUCAAGAAGAAACAUCAAGAAAUUGUUGUUGACUUCCAGGAGCAAAUCGACAAGCUUACUCACAGCAAAACCAGGGCCGAGAAAGAAAAGUCAAAAUUCCAAGCUGAGGUUUACGAACUGUUGGCCCAAGUGGAGAAUAUAAGCAAGGAAAAAAUCACAAUCUCGAAGACUUGCGAGAGACUCGAAAUCACAAUUAGCGAGCUUCAUGUUAAGAUCGAGGAAUUGAACCGUACGAUCGUGGACAUAACAUCGCACAAACAGCGCCUGUCCCAGGAGAACAUCGAGCUCGUGAAGGAAGUUCAAGACCUUAAGGUGAACAUUGAGAAUGUGGUGUAUCUGAAGAGCCAGCUUGUAAGUCAACUUGAGGAUGCACGCCGCAGGCUUGAGGAUGAUGAGAGAAGGCGCUCUCUUCUCGAAGCCAGCCUCCACCAGGUUGAAAUUGACUUGGAAUCUGUUCGCGUUCAACUUGAAGAGGAAUCUGAGGCUCGCUUGGACCUUGAACGUCAACUGGUCAAGGCUAAUGGUGAGAUCAACCACUGGCGGUCCAAGUUCGAAGCUGAGGCCGCCGCAAGAGCCGAAGAGAUCGAAGAAAUCCGUCGCAAAUACUCUGCACGUAUCCAAGAGCAAGAAGAGCAGAUCGAAACUCUCAUCGCGAAGAUCAGCAGUGUUGAAAAGCAAAAGUCUCGUCUGCAAAGCGAGGUUGAAGUACUCAUCAUCGACUUGGAGAAGGCCAACGGAACAGCUCGGGAGCUUCAAAAGAGGACCGAUCAACUGGAACGUGUCAACAUUGAGAUCAAGUCUCGCCUCGAGGAAACUGUGCAAUUGUACGAGCAGAGCCAACGUGACUUACGCAACAAACAGACGGAGAUCCAGCGUAUUACUCAUGAACUCGACAAGACACGCGAACAGAAGGAUGCCCUUGGUCGCGAAAACAAGAAACUGGGUGACGAAUUGCACGACGCCCGCGCUAAUCUCACUGAGUUGAACCGCCGUCUUCACGAGCUCGAAAUCGAGUUGCGCCGUCUUGAGAACGAGCGAGAAGAACUCACCGCAGCCUACAAGGAAGCUGAGGCUGGUCGCAAAGCUGAGGAGCAACGCUCACAAAGGCUGACCGCUGAGUUUGGUCAAUUCCGCCAUGAUGCUGAACGACGUCUACAAGAGAAGGAAGAAGAGAUCGAAUCUAUCCGCAAACAAACCAGCAUUGAAAUUGAGCAGCUUAACGCUCGCGUUGUGGAAGCUGAGACCAAGCUCAAAACUGAAGUUACUCGCAUCAAGAAGAAGCUGCAGAUUCAAAUCACCGAACUUGAGCUCUCACUUGAUGUUGCCAACAAAACCAACAUUGAUUUGCAGAAAACUAUCAAGAAGCAGUCUCUGCAGCUUACUGAAAUCCAGACGCACUACGAUGAAGUCCAAAGGCAACUCCAAGUGACCCUUGACCAGUUUGGUGUUGCUCAACGCAGAAUUCAAUCUUUGACCGGUGAAAUCGAAGAAAUUCGCGGCAACUACGAACAGGCUCUUCGUGCCAAGCGCUCUGUCGAACAAUCCUUCGAAGAAGCCCAGACACGUAUCAAUGAAUUGACUGUGAUCAAUGUCAACUUGUCAAGCAGCAAAGCCAAGAUUGAGCAAGAGCUCGCCGCUGUAGCUGCUGACUAUGAUGAGAUCACCAAAGAGUUACGUGUUGCUGACGAAAGAUACCAACGUGUUCAGGUUGAACUGAAACACACCGUGGAACACUUGCACGAAGAACAAGAAAGAAUCGUCAAGAUUGAAGCUAUCAAGAAGUCUUUGGAAAUUGAAGUUAAGAAUAUCUCAGUGCGCUUAGAAGAAGUUGAAGCCAAUGCCAUUGUUGGAGGCAAGCGUAUCAUCAGCAAACUUGAGGCUCGCAUCAAGGAUAUGGAACUGGAACUUGACGAGGAGAAGAGGAGACAUGCUGAAAGCAUCAAGAUCUUACGCAAGAAGGAGCGCCAAGUGAAAGAAAUCAUGAUCCAAUGCGAGGAAGAUCAGAAAAACAUUAUCCUCCUCCAAGACUCUCUUGAGAAGUGCUCCCAGAAAGCCAACAUCUACAAGAGGCAAUUGGCUGAGCAGGAGGGCUUCUCUCAACAGAGCGUAACCAGAGUACGAAGAUUCCAACGUGAACUCGAGGCAGCUGAAGACCGCGCCGACACUGCCGAAAGCAAUCUCUCUCUGAUUCGUGCCAAGCACCGCACAUUCGUGACCACCUCGACUGUGCCUGGGUCUCAGGUGUACUUGGUGCAAGAGUCUCGUGCUCUUAGCACAGAAUGAGCGACCUUUAAUUAGCCCCACCUCACCAGCAUUUCUCAACACCAGCAAGGGGCGCAAUUCCGGUCGGGUUAAGCCUAGUCGUUCGAUAAGUGAUGUUUAAGUUCCGAUAGAUUGUACAGGUGCACACCAAUCUAAGGUGCUCACCUAGUUACUCUCGGAAGUCCGGGAUGCACUCUCGUUGGAUGGCUCGCCCUAAAGCUAUCAGCUGCCGUGUCUCCACAUUGCCAAUGCCAUUCAUCGACUGUUCAUCCCAUUGCCAUUUUUAUUGUAUUUAUAAACAUUUCAAAUAAAGGAACCAAAAAUAAAAUAAUGCUUUUCAUUAAAUUUCAAUGUUGCUUAACUAUACGCCACCAUGGUACUUACCUUGAUAUAACUUAUAUAUAUUUUAAUGAUUUUUAUUUAUUACUUUGUGCAAUACACCUGCGUUUGUAUUUGUAAUUACUGUUAAAAAUAAAUGCUAUUUAUGUUAAAUUUUAAAGAAUAAAAAAAUAAUAAAAGUAUA